AUGGAACCAAGCGGGUCUCUUUCCCGUACAACAUUAAGGAAGCUUGAAAUGAUGUGCCGUGAAGUUGUUGAUCGUAGCCAGGGACAGUUAAUCGACAUUACAAUUGUGUGUUUUGGAACCAAUGACUUGAUUUCCUAUGUUUCACAAAGGUGCAGUCAUCUCAAAUGCCUAAAGCUUGGGCAUUGCGUUUUGGUUUCCAGCAAAUGUCUUAAAGUUGUCGCUCAGAAUCUCAAGAAGUUAGAAGAAUUGCAUCUUGUAAUAGAUGAGAUUCCCCCUGAGGAUAUUGAAAAUAUUGGCACCUCUUGUCCUCAGUUGAAGUCCUUCACUUACUUCUCUACUAAUAUUGAUAUAGUUGAUGAAUAUGCAAUGGCAGUUGCAAGAAGCAUGCCUAAUUUGCACCACCUCUGCCUUUUCGGGCACAGGAUGACGAACAAGGGAUUGGAAGCAAUUCUUGACAGCUGCCCACGUCUCGAAUCACUUGAUAUCCGUAGAUGCUUCAAUAUUGAUUUACCGGACAAUCUGCGCAAUCGAUGUUCCAAGCAGAUAAAACAUUUGAUGCGUCCCAAUGAUCCCAUCUAUGAUCCUCCCUGGCCUUUUAUAAUCAACUUUGUUUAUGAGUUACUAUAUGACCCUGUCUAUGCACUCAAGUUAUACUAUUUUCGUCCCGAUUAUCCAGUGCUACGAUUCUACUGA